AAGUGGAAACCCCCUCUAUUGUGAUUGCAAUGUAAUCGCCUUUAUCCGCUUUAUGAAAACAAAGCAACUGCAGUUACAUCCCUACUCGCGGAGGACGGAACCUUCCUGUCAAAACCCUCUUAAUUUAAAAGAAACGUUGCUGAAGGACAUUUCACUUCAAGAAGUAGUUUGUGAUUCAGGGAAUGCGACAGCUCAAACCUACACAGUAGAUGUGACGCCUCUAAACCCAAUGCCCAAAGCAGGGAAUAAUUAUACAUCUCUUUGUAACAUUUCGGGACAUGGGACACUAGACAUCAUCACAAAUUUAAAGGUGAAGUGGUACCACAAUUCAAAGCUGCUGACCAGUCAGUGUACCUUGGAGGAUGUGUCAAUGGCGGAGAAGUAUUCGUGUGAGGUACUCCCCUCUCAACAGAACAACAUCAGCUUAGAGAUGACAGUAAUGGAUAUACAAAAAGAUGAUGUUGGGAUUUUAACCUGUGAAUUGACUCAGCAGGUGAAGGAGAACGGGAUAUGGAAAGACGAAUUGUUAGAGUAUGAGUCAGUGGUAAUCCAAAUCAGAGGUAUAUGUAGAGGAAAACGAUCAUGCGUAAAAGUUACUGUAUAUAUAAAUCUUGCCAUGACUUCAAUGGAUGUAAGGUGAAUAUAACGAAUAGUAAUCAAUCUCACAACCCCUUUUGAUGAAUGCCAAAUAAAAAGUUGAAGAAACGCGGACCAUGGGCAUACCAGAAGUGAGAUCGGGUGUGUGUGAGGCGCAGUCAUUCUCUGUCGACCGGCCACACCCGUCGUUGGCCCUAUAUCUUAAUCAAGUAAAUAUACUUCCGUAGGCAAAAUCAAUUUGCCAAGAAUGGCCUAAAAAUUGGUAUGAAACACUUUACACAGCAUUUGAUGCAAUGCUAGGUUGGUGAAAUAUCAAUGGGAGUUAAAAAUUUAGAAUUAAUAAGAGGGGAUGCUUG